UUUUUCAUCAGACAAGCGAAAGCUAGUCGAACACAGACCCUACUUCGUAACGGUUGUGCGCUAUGUAUCUAUUAGAAUGUUCUAAUUUUGCUAUUAUGUUAUGUAUUUUCUGUUGUAUAUAAAUAAAUAAAAAAAGUUAAAUGAAAAACUAGUUCGUAACCAUUGGCGUCCAACCUAGUCACUGUCAAUUUGCCGAAUAAACUAUCGGAAAUUCACUUUCAAAUGCGAUUUCAUUCAAAGGAUAUCCGCUAUCGCAUUUCCGUGUGUAAAAAUUAUUGCUCAAGUUGUUGAAAAGUGUUUACGAUUUUUGAUCCAAUUUUUUUUAGAACAAAGGCGUGUGUGAUAAAUUGCGACUUACAUAAUAAAAAUUCCUCUUAUAAAGAACCUGGCUAAAAUUGUUGGUUUAUUAAAAAAAUCUUAUUGCUCUGUUCUUCCAACACCACCCACCACCCUUUGCAGAAAAUCUUGUUUCCACCUUGUUAAAUAUUUUUUUUUUUUUGUAAAUUUUUGUGGUUGCAGUGCACUUGUCAUUUUAUUGCUGCCGCAUCUGUCAAAGACGUGCUCUCUCGUGUGUGUGAAUUGACGUUUGACAGAAACGUGCACUCUUUCUCUCAUUUCUCUGAGUAAUUAAUCGCCGCAAAUUUGUACGGGUUGUUGUGUGUGUGUAAACAGAAAGCAAUAACCUUCUCACGUGAAUUCAAGUCCACUCAUCUAAAAAGCCCUAUCACCGCUCUUCAAACUACCACCCCCUUGACAAAGGGGUUUUUGUCUGCAAGGAAAGUGAACAAUUGCAACCACAAAUCUGAGUUUCGCCGGAAGUGACAGUUUUGACUUCUAUCAGAUGGCUUGGGAGCACCUGAAGCCGGGCAGUUCGCCUGUCGAUUGGUGUGAGGGAAAUUAUUUAAUAUCAUCAAAUAUAGCUGAGUUUGUUAAUACGAUAAGCAAUUUCUUAUUCUUAUUGUUCCCGCCAAUGUUAAUUUACCUAUUCAAAGAAUAUGGAAGAUUUGUUACACCUGGAAUACACAUAUUAUGGGUGCUUUUAAUUGUUGUCGGCUUAAGUUCUAUGUAUUUUCAUGCAACCCUUAGCUUAAUUGGACAACUGCUAGAUGAGUUGGCAAUUUUAUGGGUAUUUAUGGCAGCAUAUUCUUUGUUCUUCCCAAAGCGACAUUAUCCGAGAUUUUGUCAUAAUGAUAGAAAAACAUUCAGCAAGUUUAUGUUCUACUCAGCCUUACUGGCGACUGGUCUAUCAUUAUGGAAACCAUUCAUUAAUGCCUUUGUGCUGAUGGCCUUAUCGGUGCCUACUAUGGUCAUGUUAUAUAGCGAAUUACAACGAGUCCGUGAUCAACGAGUUUAUCGGCUUGGUCUUCGUUCAUGUGCCGUUUGGUUAAUAGCAGUCUUCUGUUGGGUCAACGAUCGAAUGUUCUGUGAUGCUUGGUCAGCCAUAAAUUUCCCUUACCUUCAUGGACUUUGGCAUGUUUUUAUAUUUAUUGCCUCCUAUACCGUAUUAGUUUUGUACGCAUAUUUCUAUGUUGAUACAGAGUUACCACAACGACAGCCAGUAUUAAGAUAUUGGCCUAAAAAUGAAUUUGAACUUGGUAUACCAUUUAUAUCAUUUAAAAAUCUUAAUCCAGUUCACAAGAGUGCCAUAUAAAAAAAUAAAGCUCAAAAUUAAAUACUUGUUAUAUAGACCAAAAUACAUACAGUAACUUAAAAAAGAAAAGAAUUAAAUACCAAAGUAUAUAAAAAAUGAUUUAAAAUUAAAAGUUUUGAAAUUGAAAAAAAAAAACAUCUAUAUUUACGAGUAUUGUUUAUUUAUUGAGUGAGAAUUUUUAAUUUUAAAGCAAAAUGUCAAACACCUCAAAACUAAACGUGCACACUUACACACAUUUAACUCAGUCGAAUAACGAAAAAAGACACUCUUUUGAGCGCUUAAGAUUAAAAUUAAGUAAAAACAAAAAAAUAUAUUAGUUUUAAGUUAAAAACAAAAUAUAUAUAAAAAGUUAUUUAAUAUUAUACAAAAAAAAAAAAGAGAAAGAAAAAUUAUAAAAA